ACCUUCCUACGAACAUUAACAGCCGCAGCUGAUCCUUUAUCACUUGUAUAAAUGGUACCACCCAUCUGACCUUGUUUCAUCAAAUAACCAAUGUACCAAAGAAAUCCAAUGAGGCAUCCGAAUUUUCUUGACACUACUUCUUCAUUGCUGUCCUUGUUCUUAUUCAUAACUAUUUUGGUCACCAGCCAAAUUCCACUUGGCUGCACUGGACAAGCUCAUUCUUCAAAUUUCACCUGCAUUGAAAGUGAACGACAAGCUCUUCUUCAAUUCAGAGAUAGCUUGAUAGAUGAAUCAAAUCGUCUAUCAUCGUGGAUUGGAGAAGAUUGUUGUUCAUGGGAUGGAAUUAGUUGCAACAAAGUAAUUGGCCAUGUGGUGAAACUCGAUCUAUGCAAUUCGGAACAACUUGGAUUCGAAUUUUAUAGUCAUUGGUAUCAUUGCAGAUCUUGCUUGGGAGGUGAUCAUUUAAGCCCAUCUUUGGUCAAUUUGACCAUUCUGCGACACUUGGACCUGAGCUUGAAUAAUUUUUCAGGAAUCCGGAUUCCCACAUUUCUUGGAUUGCUCAAAGACUUGAGAUACCUCAAUCUCUCAAAUGCAGGGUUUGUUGGUGAAGUUCCCCAUCAUUUGGGAAAUCUCUCGCAUUUAAGGGCCCCAGUUUCCAAAUUGGCUACGGACCCAAAAGGAGAUUGAAGUGUUAUUCAUGCAAAAUGUGAGCAUUUCGGAUGCCAUACCCAGCUGGUUUGGAGUGCAUUUUAAUUAUCUUAAAGCCUUAGAUCUCUCCCGUAACAAUUUGGAAGGAUCUCUAAAAUCAUUUGCAACAGCAGUUGCUGAUGUUGAUAAAGAGGCUAUAAAAAUAGAGUCUCUUUACCUCAGUUACAACCGUUUCACAGGUAGUAUCCCAGAAGACUUGUGCAGGCUGAAAACUUUAAUGGUUUUAGAUCUAUCCAACAACCAUUUGUCUGGAAGCAUUCCUUUGUGCUUGGGUAACUUGCGACAUUUGGUCGCCCUAAGUUUGUCAGAUAACAACCUAUGUGGUCAGAUUCCAAGUUCACUGGGUAACUUGGAGGAACUUGGUACUCUGCAUUUGAGCGGAAAUAAAUUUGAUGGGAAGCUUCCAUCGUCAAUGCAAAACCUGAUAAGAUUGCAAAUCCUUGAUCUCGGAGAAAAUGGAAUAAAGGAUAUUAUACCAGUGUGGAUUGGGGAAAGGUUAUCGGACUUGAAGUUUCUGAGACUCGAGUCAAAUAAUUUCCGUGGAGGUAUUCCUGAUAAAUUCUGCCAACUCUUGCAUCUUCAGGUGCUCAACCUAGCACACAAUAAUUUAUCAGGAUUUAUUCCUCACUGCUUUAAUAACUUCACAAUGAUGGUAUCAAGAGAAGCAGCAUCAGCUGACUUGCUAAUGAUCAAUUAUUUUGAAUUAAGACUUCUAAACUUGAAGGGAGGAAGAGAACUUGAGUAUUCAAAAAACUUAUUGUCUGUUAAAUCAAUUAUCCUCUCAGCAAAUAAUUUAGUUGGUGAAAUCCCUGAUGAGAUAAUGGAUCUCGUUGGGUUGCAAAUUUUUAACCUUUCAAAAAACCAUCUAAAUGGGAGGAUCCCCCAGAAGAUUGGCAAUUUGAAGCAACUUGAAACACUUGAUUUGUCGAUGAAUGAACUCAACGGGGAAAUCCCUCCAAGCUUGUCUGGUUUAAACUCAUUGAGCUCCCUGAAUUUGUCAUACAAUAAGCUAUCAGGACCAAUACCAUCUGGAAAUCAACUUCAGACCUUGACUGAUCCAUCCAUCUAUGAGGGAAAUAUUGGACUCUGUGGGAAGCCACUCAACAGCUGCCCUGCAGACGAAUUGCCGCCAGAAAAUGGACGGACCCAUUCUUGAUGGUAAAGGUCACAGCGAGUCUGAUUUCUUAUGGUUUUAUGCUGGUUUAGGACCGGGAUUCAGUGUUGGUGUCGUGGGAAUUUUGGGAAUCCUUCAAUUCAAGAAGUCAUGGCGCGAUGCAUUCUUCAAAUUUUUGGAAAAUGCCAAUGACAGAAUUUGGGUUAUGAUCACAUUGAAGACUGCUCGGCUACGGAGGAAUUUCCAUCAAGUAUAUGUACAAAAGCGCUUAUAUUCUGUUUUUUCUUAUUCUGCAAUAAGGUGCCACAACACAAUUAGCUGGUUAUCCAUAACUACUUGAAUUUGAUAAUAAGCACCUAAGUGCUCAAAACUAAGCAUUUAGGUUUAGUUAUGCUAUAAUCCUCUAUGAACAAAUGAAUCCGAGUGCUUAAAUAGAAAA